AUGUCUCACCUCGAGUAUUCGGCUUAUGAGGGCGCCGGCGAGUGGGCCCGCGACAACCUGGGCUACAUGCAGACUGUUCGAGUUGGCGAUAGAAUUGAAGCCAGCGGCCAGGGCGGCUGGACCGCCGAAAACGGCGUCCCCAACUUUUCCGAGUCCGUCGAAGAGCAAAUCGACCAAGCCUUUGUCAACGUCGACACAGCGCUCAAGGCCGCUGGAGGAAAGGGCUGGGAUCAGGUCUUCCGAGUUAACUCGUACCAUCUCUCGAUCACGCCCGAGAUCACGGCCAGGAUGAGCCAUAACUUCAAGAAGUGGAUGCCCAACCACAAGCCCAUCUGGACCCAGAUUGGUGUCAAAGAGCUGGGUGCGCCUGGCAUGGCGGUUGAGAUUGAGGUUUCGGCGCAUGAUCCUAAGGCGUGA